AUGCCGAAAUUCUGUGUACUAUCUAAACACAUUAUUUUCUUUUUAUUCAUUAUUGCACUUGCAUUAUCAAUUGAAUUGUCACAAGCAGUACCGAUGAAUAAACUUCGUACAGUAGAUAUGGCCAUAUCUAAUGAUGAUGAAGAAUAUCAUCAGCGUCGAAUACAUGAUCUAAACAAAUUGCGACAUUUUCUAUUAACAUCAAAUGAGGAACAACGAGCUGCAAGACGCGAUAAACAAAAUUUUUACAAACAACAAUUGAUUCGUGAAUAUCUCAAAGCAAUCAAUGAUCCAAAUUCAGAUCGGCUACAAGAAGUGAAAAGUAAGACGAUUGUUUUCUUUUAUAAUUAUUUAACUGCUUGA